UUAUAGUCAUGUGCAUUUCUCUCUCAAUAUAAACGCGUCCACUAUUGAGUUCGUUUGUCGCACAUUUUGUUAUAAACGUAACUUGUUAGUUUCUAUAGAUUCUCUACGCGAUUAUAUCUUAACAGGGAGUAACAGUUUGAAGGAACACUUCUCAUCACAUUGGCGAAAGUUCGAAGAAUUUGUCAUCUAACCCGCUAUAAAAUAACAAUUUGCGGUGUUAAUUAGAAAUUGUGGAAUUUUCUUUGUCAACUGCGUAGUAAAAGUGUAUAUACUUAGAACGAAGGUUGAACGAAAAAGUCGCUUUCUUUGUGAAACAAAAUGAUACAGAAAAAUAAAGAUUACAUCGACGAAUUGCUGGACAUGUCAGAUCCUCGAAACACUAGCAAUUGCUCGAGCGAAGUCAUCCAAUAUUAUACAGGACGUAACGUUCUUAUAACGGGCGGUUCCGGUUUCUUCGGUAUACUUCUGAUAGAAAGAUUAUUGCGAUGCUGUCUGGGUAUAGGAAAGAUGUACAUAUGUAUGAAGGGGAAGAAAGGAAAAUCAGCAGAAGAGCGUUUCAAGGAGCACUUCGAUUGCGUUGUUUACGAUAGAUUAAAAAAAGAGCAGCCUGACUUUAUUACUAAAGUAAUAAUGAUAGAAGCCGACUUCAGCGAAGCAAAUCUAGGCUUGUCGUCGGAAAACCGAAAACAUCUCUUAGACACAAACAUAAUCUUCCAUUUAGCGGCGUCCGUGCGAUUUAAUGAUACGAUUCGAAAUGCGGUGCAUGUUAACGUGAGAGGAAUCAAAGAAAUUCUCCUCUUCGCGAGAGAGAUGCCGAAUUUAGAGGCAUUUGUUUAUACAUCAACCGCAUUUUCUCAGUGCGUGAACAAUUUCAUCGAUGAGAAAUUUUAUUCUCCGCCUUUAGAUACGGAUAAGAUACUGACGUUACUCAACGUUUUGGACGAUGAGAUGUUGAACAAAAUAACGCCAACACUAGUAGGCGAAUGGCCGAAUACUUACGUGUACACCAAGGCGAUUGCCGAGGAUACAGUGCGACAAUACAGCGCCGGGUUAUCAGCUUGCAUCAUACGUCCUUCGAUUGUAACAUCAACGGCGAAAGAACCAAUACCUGGAUGGAUCAACAACAUAUAUGGUGCAGUAGGCGUAAUUGUAGGCAGUUCUAUGGGUUUGCUACGUACUUUACAUUGCAUACCCGAAAAUACAGCGGAAAUUAUGCCCGCUGAUUACGUGAUAGCGAACAUUAUCGUUGCAGGUUGGGACACCGCCAAAAGAAAGGAUACUUUACUCAGCAUUGACAACAAAAACUCGAACGUUCCGGAAACCGAGAGAAUUCCGAUUUACAACUGCGUGUCGUCAACUCAAAAUCCUAUUACUUGGGAAAGGUUCAUGAAAUUAAAUGAGAAAUACGGCAAGCGUGUGCCGAGUACGAUGGUCAUCUGGUAUUACAUGUUCACGCUAAAUAGAUACCGAUUUAUGCAUGAGAUAUAUAUGAUAUUUUUGCAUAUAAUACCUGGUGCUAUACUUGACGUUCUGGCUUUCCUCAUGGGCCGAAAACCUAUGCUGCUGAAAACUUAUAAAAAAAUACAUAUAUUUUGCGAUGUGAUAUCAUACUUCUCAACGCGCCAAUGGCAAUUUCGCAAUGACUCUGUCAUAAGACUCUGGGAUAGUUUAAAUCAAACUGAUCGUGAGAUUUUCGACUUCAAUAUACUAGAUCUAUCUUGGGAAGAAUAUUUGAAGUACAUGAUACCCGGUCUUCGCAUAUACUAUGUUAAAGACCCGAUGGAUACUUUAAAAGAAGGAGCUGCAAAAAUGAAGAAAUUAAAAAUCGCUCAUUAUACUUUGUUAACCACUAGCUCAAUUUUGUUAAUAUGGAUCAUCGUAAAUAUUGUAACUUUUAUAAUGUCGUUCUUCAAAGCGAUUGCCGAGGAUACAGUGCGACAAUACAGCGCCGGGUUAUCAGCUUGCAUCAUACGUCCUUCGAUUGUAACAUCAACGGCGAAAGAACCAAUACCUGGAUGGAUCAACAACAUAUAUGGUGCAGUAGGCGUAAUUGUAGGCAGUUCUAUGGGUUUGCUACGUACUUUACAUUGCAUACCCGAAAAUACAGCGGAAAUUAUGCCCGCUGAUUACGUGAUAGCGAACAUUAUCGUUGCAGGUUGGGACACCGCCAAAAGAAAGGAUACUUUACUCAGCAUUGACAACAAAAACUCGAACGUUCCGGAAACCGAGAGAAUUCCGAUUUACAACUGCGUGUCGUCAACUCAAAAUCCUAUUACUUGGGAAAGGUUCAUGAAAUUAAGUGAGAAAUACGGCAAGCGUUUACCGAGUACGAAGUACAUCUGGUAUUACAUGCUCACGCUAAAUAGAUACCGAUUUAUGCAUGAGAUAUAUGUGAUAUUUCUGCAUACAAUACCCGGUGCUAUAUUUGACAUUCUGGCUUUCCUCAUGGGUCGAAAACCUAUGCUGCUGAAAACUUAUAAAAAAAUACAUAUAUUUUGCGAUGUGAUAUCAUACUUCUCAACGCGCCAAUGGCAAUUUCGCAAUGACUCUGUCAUAAGACUCUGGGAUAGUUUAAAUCAAACUGAUCGUGAGAUUUUCAACUUCAAUAUACUAGAUCUAUCUUGGAAAGAAUAUUUUAAAAACUUGAUGGUCGGUCUUCGCAUAUACAUUGCUAAAGACCCGAUGGAUACUUUAAAAGAAGGAGUUGCAAAAAUUAAGAAAUUGAAGAUCGCUCAUUAUACUUUGUUAACCACUAGCUCAAUNUUGUUAAUAUGGAUCAUCGUAAAUAUUGUAACUUUUAUAAUGUCGUUCUUCAAAUAAAAUUUUUCGUAGUUUGUUAUAAGCUUAAUUAAGCUUAAUGAGAUCAAUAUUAAAAAUAUAUAGCUAAAGUUUGUACAUUGUUUUCUAUGUCGAUAAUAACAUAUUGUAUUCGCUAAAACAGUAA